AUCUCAUCCCGUCUGAUCUCUUUCCUUGCUGCGGCCACAGCUACUUCUUAUGCUGGGACCCUCGAGCACGACCGAUCUCUAGCUGUGCGUCGCCCAAUUUGGAACUAUCGACGGCAUACAGGCACUGAGGUAGCACCACGCAACACGCACCACGCACUACGCACCACAUCCUCUUCCUCUUCUUCCUCUCUCUCUGGCGGUCAGAUCCCCUUCUCAUCGGGACCUCGCUUCUAGCCGACCUGCCAGAGUGCCCUCGACAUCCUCGACAUCCUGACGAUUACAGAAGGCAUUGACGGACGACAAUCAUCUUUACCCUCCUUUUCUGCCUUCGCGCUGCAUCAUCGGUCCAUCCGCUCAUCGCCUCAUUCAUCAUCUGCUACUCUGCCCUUCGCCAUGAGUCCCCCCUCUAUUGGCGGCGGCGGCAACGGGGGAGGCAGCAUGGCAGAUCAAUCGAUUUCGACGAUAUCAAUGUCCUCAUCGUCGAGUCGAACUCCGCUCGAGAUGCCCUCCAUCGCUCAGAAGCGCAGCUCUAGCUCUAUUCAUACGCCCAGCCACUCGCAGUCGCAAUCACAGUCUCAGUCUCAGUCUCAAUCGCACCGAGCACAAAGCUCAAUAUCUCUAAGCACAAGAGGCAACUAUCGGGAGAGCUCUCAGUCCCUCGUUGCCCCGGGUACUGGGGCUGCCAGCCCAUCGAGCCAUCAUGCUAUUCAGUCCUCACCCAUGGAGUCGACUGCGUCAUACCCGGGCUCUACUUCCAUGGCUGACACGACGCAGAUGCUCAUCGCGAGCGCAGUCCAACGUCUUGUGCGUAGACUUCCCUUCAAUUCAGGUACCAAGCUCACUUUCCUUGAAGAGGAUGAGCUGGUCCGAUCAUGUGUCGCCAACCUCGUUACUGUCAGUCGAACGCAACUACCUACCGUCGCCAAGGAACUCAUGGCUGCAAUGGAGACUCUCAACAGGAGCGCUCAAGCAUUCUCAGAAGACCAGAUCAGCGUCAACCUCCUCCAGUCACAGCUCCUCGUCCUGAGAGUCAUGACCGCAUGUAUGCUAUACCAUUGGCGCUGCUGUCAAGAGGUAGCUCCACCGCAGCAAUCCCCUGAGGGAGCGCCGCGAGAGCCUCUACCUCUGGCUUGGGUAGACCCAGACCCACUAGAAGAUCACUUGGCCAAACAAGUCCUCUCAGUCAUGACAGUCACACUGCGGCAGACGGUAGCGCGGGAAGAUCGCCAGAUCAAUGCGUGGGCCGGCCUCUCAAUGGCAGGCAACGCGACGCAAUCGGGUGCAGGCAAACAUGGCGGCAUGAGCAGCGCAGCGAGGUCAGCCAUGCGUGAUUGGGAUCAGACGGCAAGUUUCGGCAGCGUCAAACAGCAAAGUCGGUGGGACGAGCAGACGCAAUCGCAACCGGGAAGAGAUGAGAACAUGGGCUCGACGAGUGCGGCAGGAGGCAUGAGUGGCAGUGGCAGCGCUCCUGGACCUGCCGUCGACAGCGAGGGCAUACCAGUCGCAGCAUUGUCCCUCGUCAAUGGUGUCAGUCUCUUCGUCCUGCCACCUGGCUGUCCUCCGGCAUUGGCUCCCUUUGAAGUACCUUCACCCGGCUGUCCUGACCUUGGCGGGACGGAUAGGCCGCAGCGCUUCAAGCCCCUCGCCGUCAUUGGGGGCGCUCAAGAAGGCUUCGGUAAUGCAGGCCUCGGCGAGGAUCUGACCAAGUCAGUUCCAGCCUUGACCAAGGCAAUCUACCGCUACGCAAAUCUAGUCAUCUUCUAUCUCAGUUCGAGCAACUGGCAAGUCGUCUCUGCGAGGAUCAAGAAUCGCAUCGCCUACCUCAUGUCCACGCCAGAGGAGUUCCCCAAUGCCGCCGACCUGCGCCUCAUCGAGUGCGGCAAUCUUGAUCCGCGCCGUCUUACCAUGGUCUUCCAAGAGCUCACGAGCGCCUUUCACCACUUGCGCAAGAGCACGCAGAAUACGGCUGGCCUCAUCGUCCGCAGAAUGGUGUGGGCCUUCAUCCAAUAUAACCCGGUCCAUUUCGCCACGCUCUAUCAGACGGGUAGGCGGCUCGACGGGAAUCCCGAGGUCCUUUUCGAUCAGGCCUUCACGCUUUCUGAGGCAAGCAAGAGGAAACCCGCACUCUGGCCGAUGCUCACUGCGCUGCUCAUUCUUUGCCCAGACGUUGUAGCAAGAGUCGUCGCUUCGGGAGGCAGUGGCAAGAACAAUGCCUCGGCAGGCUUGGCCAAGAAGGCGAGCUUCAUUGACGCCCUUCGCAAAGCUCUCAAGACGGGCAAGUACGGGGACAUUGCCGCUGUUUGCGCCAUGGACAUUUGCAAGGCUGCUACGUACACGCCUCCGACGAGCAAUAGCGGGUUGCGCAUGUUGGUCCCAGAGUUCGAGCGAGAGCUCAAGGAGCGAGUCUUCGACCCCUCUAAGCCUAUGCUCAACUCCGCCAAGCAAAUUGAAACCUCACUCAUCGUCGAUGGCUUCAUCAGCUUCUUCCGCCUCGAUCCGAAGAGGACGUUGCAGCACACCAUUCCCGUUUGCAUCGCUGAUUCCAGCCCGACAGCCUUCAAAGUUGGCUUUCUAAAGGCCAUUCUGCAGCUCGUUAGCGAGUCGUUACACAUCCCUUGGAAUCCGCAAGUGCCCAUCGUCUUCCCGCAGGCGAGCCCGUGGAUGAGACGGACAUUUAAAGACCUCGUGUACAGGCUUUUGAGAGAGGGGCGAACGCAGCAGCAGCCAGCACGAAGGGUCCUCCCUGGCGCGGGCAAAGCCGGCGCCGACGAUCUUCAGAAUCGCCUUCAGCUCCUGCACGCCAUCCUCAGCGUCUGGAAGGCCGAUCCGCGCACUGCCUCGCACGGACUCGCCUUCAAUUAUUCGACGGGUCUGGCAUCUCUGUCGCCUCACCGAUCAGUCGGUGAUAUGGACCAGCUCCUUCAGGGGGCCAUGCAGACGGACUCGGUCCUCUCUUUGAUCUUCAUGAUCACCCGCGCGUCCUUUCUACCUGGCUGCACAGAGCUUCACGCCGCAGCUCUUGACGUCUUGCACGCUUGCUAUCAAUCGGCACAGGGAGGCGGCCACGGCCAUGGCUCUGACCGUCCAGACGAGCAUCACGCAACCUUCUUGCUUCAUGCCCGCAGGGCCAUGCACUCGUCUGAGGCAAUGUUGACCCAAAGGCUCUCAGAACAUCUCGUGCGCGCACCCGACGCCGUCGAGCAGCGACAUUGGUAUCGCUUGUGGGUUUCUGGACUUCAACUGCAGGUCCAAAAUGCUUUGAGCUACAGCGCGAUGUCGGUCGCAGAAAAGGCAGAGACGCCUCGCCCGUCCUUUAUCGAGAAGCUCCUCGAGCGGCUGAUGCUUUCGAUUGGCUUCUUCCUCGGCAUCUGCUCUGCUGAUUCCGAGGUGGUGACCAUGGCAUUGAGCAGCUGUGCCAGCGUUGUCCUCCUGCGCAGAGAGGCGAGACGAGUGGGCGACAUGGCCAAGGCGCUCGGCGAUGACUGGAGCGUCUUUUGGGAGAAGCUCACUGAUCCGGCUUUUUUCACCCUCGGCCGCGUAGCUCGUCAGAAACGCAUCCGUGCAUUGCUGCGCAACAUCAAGUAUCCUACGCCGGCAGCGCUGAUCACCUGGAAGGAGACGCUGCGAAGGUGGAGCGUCCUCACCUCCAUUGUGGCCAAACCCAUCGAGAAUGGAUCCUCGAGCGAAUCCGUGGUUGACGAGCGCGUGGCAGCUCAGUGGGACAACUACGCUGGCUUUUUGGCUUCACUCAGCGGUUGCUUUAUGGGAUCGGCGCCUACCGACUUGCCUGCACUCCCCGACUCGAUGCUCGACCCGGAUUUCGCCCUUCCCGCCGACAUCCAUCAGCUGAUCGACAGCUUUCUCCAAGAGAUGGUCGACCUUCUCGUCUCCGACUCAGUGUGGGUGCGGGAGAAAGUCAAGGAGACACUUGGCCUGGACCUCAAUUCGCGACUAUCAGGCGCUCUCUUCCGCCAGAUCCAUGCCGUACUGGGCGACUUUUUCGACAAAUCAACGGGCCUGCCUCAACCGUCCGAGAUGUUCACCAUCUUCGUUGAGCAAUCAAUAUCCGUCGUUCAGAUGGUACUCAAUCGCAUUGACGUCGAGUGCACGGAAUGGACCGGCAGCGUCGACAUCGGCUCGCUCAUGGUCCUCUACGUUGAGUAUGUCAAUGCUCUUGGUCGUCGCGAGCAGGCUCUGCGCAUCAAGACAUCGAUGUGCCAACUUUGCGAGGCUCUCAUGGACAAGAGGCACAUGUUUGCCUUCCGCAACGAGCUGCGUGUGCGUAAUCGCCUCUUUCAGGCUCUCAUCACUUGGACCUCGGACUCGCCUGUCAGCGAGGACGGCAAGGCAUCUGGCAAGAUCGACCGACUCCAGCGUGAGCUCGACGUUGCAUGCCUGAAGAUCAUCUCGACUCUUUUGGACGGCUUGCCACUGCUACUGGCCGACGAUGCGCUCAUGCUGGACGAAAAGGUCGAAUGGGCCAAGUCGAGGCAAUUCUCGCUCUUCUCCAGCAUCUUCAUCCGCAUUCUCAACCGCACUCGGCAGCUCGAGUCGUCGGUGGGUAUCGGCAUCGGAUCCGCGGCUAGCAUCGUGGAUCGAGCUCGAGCCGGGCAGCUACUCUCGACUGCCGCCUUGACUGCUCAACGUAAUCGCGAGGCCGUGCUCAAAGAGACUGCUCCGUUGCGAGAAUCGGCCAUUUUGGCCUUGUCUAACUUGCUGGCAUCGAACAUCGACAGCGGCCUCCAACACUCGCUCAUGCUGGGCUACUCGGAGGAUCCAGAGCUACGCACGGCUUUCAUGCGCAUCAUGACGAACGUUCUCAACCAGGGCACCGCUUUUGAUCCGUUGGAGCGUCUCAAAGAGUCGCAGAAGCAGAAUCGUCUCGUCGAGCUUAUCGGCGAUCGUAACUUCUCUCUCGCCCUCGCCAUCUGCCAAGUCUGCCGUGGUUGGGACCCAGAGCUGGGCAUUGACCGCAUCAUCUUGAGCAUCUUUGACUCGAGGGGCGGCAUUAUCAAGUUCCUCAAGGCCGCCGUUGAGGAGGAGAUCGAGAGCACGGCAUCUGAGGAGAUGGUAUUCCGCAGCAACUCGUUCCGCACUCACCUGUUGUCUCUCUUUGCGAGGACGCACGGCUACGACUACUUGCGCUCCAUCAUGACUCCUCUUAUCACCGAGAUGGCCAACAAGCCACGCGGCUUCUCCUUCGAGAUCGACCCUCAGCGUCUGGAGCCUGGCGAGUCAGCGAUGGUCAAUCAGUCGAGGCUGGAAGAGACGGCGCAGAGCUUCAUCAACACAAUUUGCGACUCUGCCGCUCAAGUGCCAGCGGUGAUGAGAGAGCUCUGCCGCCACAUCCGCCUCGUCAUGGACCGCAAGUUUCCCAACUCGCGUUACCAGGGCGUUGGAGGCUUCAUGUUCCUGCGCUUCAUCAGCCCAGCAAUCGUUGCGCCGCAGAACAUCGAUAUGAACCUCGACGGUCCAGGCAAGGGCUUGCGAAGAGGCUUGCUCCUUGUUAGCAAGAUCCUGCAGACGCUCGCGAGCAACAAUCUCUUUUCUGCGCACAAAGAGCCGUUCAUGAUUGGCCUCAAUGACUUCCUCAGGAGCAAUGUCUGGCGGGUGACUACCUUCCUCGACGGCAUCUCAGACACGCGCACCGAUCCAGAGCGAUUGCACGCCGCUGAUCAGCCCCUAGGCUAUGGCAUCCAUCCAUCCGGUUACGGCAUCGAUGAGCGAGAGCAGCGCGCUCUGCACCAGUGGAUGGUGGACAAUGCUGAGAAGGUUGGCAAUGAGUUGCUGUCCAGGGCGUCCGCGACAACCCAGCCCUCUUCUCCUGGCUUCGAUGGCUCAAAUCAGCCCACGUCGCCAACGGGUACUGGCAUGGCUGGCAGCGGCGGCAGGCAGACCUAUGACCAGCUCAAAUCCACGUUGGCUGAGCUGGGGCCUCCUGGACGUCAUGCGUCCGACGCAAGCAACAGCAACAUGAACAACGCUGGUCUGCCUCCCGGACAAGGUACUCAAGCGCUGCAAGAUUUCUACCGUCGCACUGGCGCUCGCAACUUGCACGACAAUUCUUACGACAAGCUUUUCUACAUCGGUCCUCCGUCCAAAGCUGGCCGUCCCGUAGUUUACUACUGCCCCAACCUGCAAGACGCAGAGACGAUCGACUUUGAAGGCUUGAUGGCGCACGGGAUCCAGACGCUUGAGCAGCUGCGAGGCCAGGAGUUUGACGCCAUUGUCGACAUGACGGCUCUCAAGAAGAGCAAUUUGAUGCCACCAGCUUGGGCAUUCUACUUUGCGAGCAUCAUCCCUCCUGACAUUGCGAGCAAGAUUCGAGGCGUCGUCAUGUUCAACCCAAAUACGGCGGUACGGCUGUGGUACGAGUCGGCGAGAUCGUUCCCGGAUUCAGCCUACUCUGGCACGAUUGGCUUGGUGGCACAAAACCUCCAGAUCCACCAUUGCAACUCGUUGGGCGAGCUCGACUCCUUCAUUGAGCGUCGCAACGUAGCUCUCUGCCCGGAGACGCUCGCCAUCACAUCUGCCGUCGCUGAGCAUCGCUUCACUCAAGUGACGAUGGUAUGGUACUACCGCCAGCUAAUCCCAGUCACAUUCAAGAUUGGUGGCGAGUAUCUGCAGAUCACCGCGCUCAAGGGCACGGAGUUCUUCGCUGGUCGCCCCGCCAACGCCAAUGACGUCUUUCAUCUGGCCGAUAUCGACGACGUCCGCUCGCUCGCCAAUCGAGGCGACGACAACACCUUCCUGCUCACCGUCAGAGCGAGCGAGCUCUCUUUCCUCUUCCACAGUCGUGAAAGGACGAACAUCGUGCAAGCGCUCAGGGAGGCGAGGGCCCGAGUGUCACGCAUCCGCCCGACUAAGUCGCUCGACCGUACGCUUCUACCCAGUGACGUACCAGGCACACUGCUCAAUAUGGCCAUGCUCAAUAUCACCAGCGAGCAUCCCGGUCUGCGUUUGAGCGCAUACAAUCUACUCUGCGCACUCUCUGGCUCAUUCAACUUUGGCGCAUCGGCUGCUCGCAAGAAGCUGCUCAAUAGCAAGGGCCUUUCGCUGCCGGCCAACACGACGAGCUUUGUGGUCGAUCUCAGCCGCGACUUCGCCGUUGCAGCUCCAGGCGCCACGCUCGAGUUCUUCGUCUCCUUCUUCGAGGGCUUCGAAGCGGCGUCGCCCAACCAAAAGACGAUGAGCCUGCAGUACAUGGCUCCCUGGCUAUCCAAUCUCGUAAUGUUCACCCAUGCCAGCCGCGAGGAGCAACCAGAAUUUCAGCGCCGCAUCAAGGAGAUCUUCGGCCAGCUCCUGGCCAUCACCACGAAGCAGAGCGACAUGUUCGCUGUCAUGCAGAGGACCGUCUGGUGUCACGUCAGCAAGCUCGACGACCUUAUUCCCCUCGUCUUGGAAGUCUUUUGCGAGGCUGCCAUUGAUUCCGGCCUCUACUCACCACGCUUCGACGCCGUCGUUGACACAAUGGUUUCCUUUUCGUCGAUGAAUCUGCGUGGCAAGCUCUUGGCCAGGCUACGCAGGGCUAUUGGCAAGACGUCUCACAAUCCCACGGUGGCCAGCCUGCACGAAAAUUCGGCUUGGAAAGAGAUUGCUACCUUGACUCGUAUCAACAUGGUCUUGUCGUUUACCGCCGGCCGUCUCGAGGCUCUACUUUACCUGCCCGAGGUGCUGCACGUCGUCUUACUCCUUGCGGGCAACGGCGCUGACGCAACGCGCUACGCUAUUCGCGGCACCGCCAUCAACCUCAUUCACUCGCUCUGCACAGAAGACAGGCUCGAGAUGACAGGCUCAAGCUCGACGGCCACAACGGCCAAUGGUGGCGGUAGCAGCAGCGUGCGCGAGGUCAGCAGCGAUGAGGGCACUGUGCACAACCGAGAAGGUCUUGCUGGCCUCCUCGAGCGCCUGGCUGGUGACGAAUCCGCUCCUCUCUUUGGCUUGCCUCAGGGCACCGACGGUGACGCCUACACUCUCGCCUCCUCCGACGUGGUACGACCACCGCCAGACAGCGAUCAGAUUGCAAGCCUCGCCGAGCUCAUCUACGAGAUUGCAGAGCUGGCAGCUCCGACGGUGGACACGGCCAACAGCUGGCGAGCUCGCCUGACAAGCCUGGUGACAAGCAAGGCCUUCCAGUACAAUCCCAUCGUGCAGGCUCGAGCCUUUGUGCUGCUUGGCUGCCUGGCUCGCGGGGAGAUCGACGAUGACUUGCUCUACCAGAUCUUGGUCUCGCUCCGUGGUAGCAUCACUGAGUGGGCAAACCUUGGCAACGACGCGCCCAUGAUCAGCAUAGUAGCCUGCCUGGGCAAGGUCGUCACCAUUCUCCCGCCGCAAUCGCGCUAUCUGGCUCAGAUGUUCUGGCUGGGCGUCGCAAUGGUGCAGAGCGGUCACGUACCCCUCUUCAAGGCUGGUGUCCAGCUCCUGCAGACGACUGUCACGACUUUGGAAGAGCGCAAGACGGCCGAGGCCAUGGGUUCCGACUUGAUGGGAGUCCUCUCUGCCGCUCGAGCUGAGGUGCAAGACGCUGCGGAUCGCCUCGACGCUGAGUGUGGUGUCGACUUUGAGGGCAGCUUCUCAUUCCAUCUUGCCGCUCUGCUCGUCAAGGGUCUGCGGCAUCCGUCGACGAAGACUGCCACGACAACCCUCUUGCGCAGUCUGCUGAGUGCGACAUCAGCGGCAGCAGACGGUUCACGCAGGUCGGCGCACGGCAAGGUCGAUGCGGAGCAACUGGGCUUUUUCGUGGCUCUGCUGCCGACGAUUGGCAAAGCGGAAGACUACGGCGAGCUGCUUACCCUGGCAGGUCUGCCUGCACAGGCUAGUCAAGAGGCUGUCACAGCACUGGCCAGCACGCAGCGAUGGCAGGUUGAAGGUGGCGGCGGCAGCAUCGUCGUAGUUGGCGGCGGCGCUGCGACAGGCGACGGCAGCAAUGGCUUCUUCAAGUAUCUCGAGAUUCCUGACAACAAGACAGCUCUCCUCGCCGUAGCCCUUGUGUGCAGUCUCUUGCUCAACGCCAGCAGCGAAGGGGAAAGGCUCAUCCUCUUUACUUACUUGGCCGACGCAAGCCGCGAGACUCCAGCCAUCCUCUCGAUUCUCUACAACUCGCUGGCUCCCUCCAUGCGCGAGAUCCUUAUCAACUCGCAACUUGGCCCAAUUGUGGACGCGGUACAGACAAUUGCGCAGGCUGCCAUUUUCGAGCCCGUCUUUGCGGCGCAGGCGGCAGAGACGGCUCGACGAGGUGGGCCCGAGGCCUUUUUGGAGGAGGCUGGUUUCUCGAGCCUGCUGAAGUGCGGCAGCUUCGGUGCUCCUCUUACGGAUGCGCGGCGCUUGGUAUUGGCCAAGCUCAGUACAGCGAUGCUGGCCAGUCUGGUCGAUGCGGCGGCGGCGUAGUGCGACGACGUCGCUUGCAAGUACACAGCCAACGUCCACACUCAACUUCUCUUAUCAUCAUCGAUCGUUCCCACCCCUCUCUCCUCUUUACCUGUAAUACUGUCCCGCGAGCCCUCUAUUUUGCACCUGCAGUGGACUCGGCCCCGCUUUCCUUAGACUCGAUAAGCCCCAGAUGACUGUUGUCUCCUUUCUCACCCUCUCGCCUCUCCCCACCUUUCUCGAAUAAUCAAUCAUCAGCCGUUUUCUUGGUC